AUGGACUUCGCCGACAUCGUCAAGCAGGCGAGGGAACAACAAAAGUCGCAUGGGUUCAAGUCGCCGCACCAUCUCUCGCUCAACUCGAAUCAGGGCGACCACCACUACGAAGAGGGAGCGACACCGGGCAGCACACCGGCCUCGCCUGGCUUCAACGGAGCACGACCUCGCUCGAGCCAUUCCCCUUCCAACGCCGAGACGUCCCUAGCUCGGCCCAUAUCGCGAGGGGCAGGUGCAGGGGCUCCUUCAACCCCAGGCUCGGGGACUCGGCCCGCCUUCACCCCGACCCCUACGCCGACUCGACCCCGUCACCGCUCCCAGGCCUCGUUCGACUGGUUCGCCGAUCUACCCCCCAAUAGCUCUUCGGGUACGGGAUUUCCGACCCUGGGACAGCAGACAAGCUCACGCAACCCGAGGAGCCGUAAUCCUUCCUUCUCGAAGCGCGACUCGAGAUGGAACCCUUCCACCUCGAACGGUCAUGCCUACGUUUCGGACAGUCCUCGGGAGUUGUCCGAAGCCGAAAAGGAAGACGAGGACCAGGACAACGGCAACAGUAAGAACAAGUCUCCUCAAAGUGGAAGUCUCGGAUCAAGUAUCCCCCCCAAGGAUGAAGAACCGCCAGACAAGGGGAAGCGAUCGAGCAGAGACCUCGGCAAGUCGUCCCAGUCGUCCCAGUCCGAGUUCCGAGGCGCCUUCACCGAAGAGGACAUGACCCGCGGCGCAAGAGCAUUGAAACGACGGUCCGGAUCCGAGAGUGCCGCGAGUGGUCCCAGAAGGAACAGUACUAUGAAUAGUCAGCACGACGAGGCUCGUGAUCGCUUCCAAGAGUUGCCCGAAGAAUCAUCGCCGCACGCCGCCGGGACCGUUCCAGACAAAGGCAAGGAACAACCGAGCUCGUCCGCGACCGGCGCUGCACCGCCUGCCUUGGGUGGCCGCAAGCAAAGUCUGUGGCAGGGGGCAGCCGAACUUUUUGGCGUGUCUUCUGGCUCUGGACCUGCACCCGCCGAAGCCGAAGCCGAAGAAGCAGACAACGAGGAACUAGACGGUGACCCCGAGGCGCGGAAAGCCAAGGCGAGCCAAGCAGCCAGGAAGUCGUCGGCAUGGGGGGUCGUCAAAAAGAAGCUAGGUGGAGAAGCUAAACAGCCAAAACAAAAGGCCGGGGCUACGUUGACCGGUCAUGAACUUGUCGCGGUGAGUUUUAAGAUGAUCGUUGACCUUGCUCAGUUCAUAUCCCGCUGACGAUCGACCUUGCGCUGGUUCACAGGAAUUGACGACGGGUAUCCUGCCAAUGGUGAUUGUCAAAAUGGCCGUCAUGGAUCGCGAUGAACGAGGCGAGCAUCGCAUCCCCAUUCUCAUGAACUACCUCAAGCUUCGCAUCACCGACUCGGUCUACCCGUUCCACGACCGUCACGCCGUCUUCCGCUGCGAACUCGAGUAUGGCGACGCUGCGGUCAAGUGGGUCAUCUAUCGCGAGCUCAAGGACUUCAUCAACCUACACGCCCACUACCGUGUGGCGAACUUGCGACAAGGUAUCGAGAAGUUCCCGACUUUCCCCAAAACGAGUAUCCCAUACCUCAACUGGCUCAAGAGUGAGAGGGGUGGCUCGAUCGCCAAGGCUGACUUUGCCAAGGCGCAGAGGAAGGCGCUGGAGGACUAUUUGCUCAAACUUAUUCGCGCUACAGUGAGUGAUCCGAAAGCAUGUUCUGCUGCAGAUCGAGCGCACUCCCUAAUCCGCUGUCUCCCCUACAGAUGUUUGGCCCGGGAGCGAAUCGCUUGUGCAAGUUUUUGGAAAUCUCGGCCAUGUCACUUUCGCUCGCGACUCGGGGCGGCGAUCAAGGCAAACAAGGCUAUUUGGUGAGGCGGACAGACCGUCAGAGUAGCUGGGUAGUAUAGCUGAUGUGUUCACCCUUCUCAUAGACCAUCGCUUCUUCGGGAGCGUCGAGGCGCAAAGCCCCGGGCUUCCAUCCAUUAGCGUUCAGCAAUCGACAUCAGCCCAAGUGGUUUAUCGUGCGCGAUAGCUUCAUUGUUGCCGUCGACGAUCCAGCCUCGACCGAGAUCUACGACGUCAUCAUGGUCGACUCGACGUUCGAGCUCGAGCGUCCCAAACGUAUCCUGCGGCAGGGUCUCAACGCCAUCACUUUCAACAAUGACUCCUCCGAAGAAGCCGAUGGGCAUCAGGAUGACAUCGUUGCGUCGGAAAAGAAGCCAAUGGGCCAUCGCGGCGCUGGCGAUCCAAAUGAUCCCUCGACAACGGGCGCAGGCUCCGAUCUAAACAAACUGAAAGAGACCUCGAACCACACGUUCUACCUUCGCACCUCGGAACGCAAGCUCCGUUUGAUCGCCAAGACCGAACGUCAGCAGGAUCAGUUCAUCGCCUCGAUUGAAAAGAUGCUCGCCAAGACGAUCUGGGCCGGCAAGAACCGCUUCGACUCGUUCGCGCCGAUCCGACUCAACGCGUCUGCGCAGUGGCUCAUCGAUGGCCGAGAUUACUUUUGGAGCUUGUCCCGAGCAAUCUUGUUGGCCAAACAUCGCAUCUACAUCCACGAUUGGUGGCUCAGUCCCGAACUUUACAUGCGGCGACCGGCCGCGGAGAACGAACAGUGGCGCCUGGACCGAUUGCUGCAGAAGAAGGCGGAAGAAGGCGUGCAGAUCUUCGUGGUUAGUUACCGUAGCAUGGGUAAUGGUGCGCUACUCGGGUCAUAUUCUGACGCUCCGUCUCUCCUCCUGCACCAGAUCGUCUACAAGGAAGUCUCGAACGAUUUCACCCCCGUUGAAUCAAACUACACCAAGAGCAGGCUGCGAGGGCUGCAUCCGAACGUGCACAUCCAGCGAUCGCCCUCGCACACUUCGACCGGAACGCUUUUGUGGUCACAUGUGAGUCAAUUGAGAGCGCUAGUUCCCGGUUGACAGAUAGUGACACGCGGCUUGUUCAACCCACUCCACAGCACGAGAAGAUGUGUGUCAUUGACGAGACGAUCGGCUUCAUGGGGGGUCUCGAUCUCUGCUUCGGUCGCUGGGAUACCCCAGGGCACGUCCUCACGGAUGAGCGACUGAAUGUCGUGUUCGAUCCCGAGUUGAGCAAGUCCGCAGAUGCCGAAGCGAGAGCGGGAUCACAGAUCUGGCCGGGCAAGGAUUACUCCAACUCCCGCGUCAUCGACUUCCACACCUUGACCAAGCCCGAAGAGGACAUGUACGAUCGAGGCAAGGUUCCUCGUCAGCCUUGGCAUGACAUUGGGCUGCAGAUCAUUGGCCAGCCCGCACGAGAUCUGUGUCGCCACUUUAUUCAGAGGUGCGUGCCAUGCUCGGAGCCUCUUAUCAGAAUUUUUCGACCCUGAUGAUCAAGGAUUCCAACGCACAGGUGGAACUACCUGCUGCGUACAAAGAACCAUACCGUCAAAAUGCCGUUCCUUCUCCCAGCGCCGGACUUUACCCCCAAAGAGCUGCACGACCAGCGCAUCACUGGAACUUGCGAGGUGCAGAUUUGUCGAUCUGUCGGUCCGUGGUCGAUGGGUAUCUCCCACGUUGAGCAUUCGAUCCAGAACGCCUACAUCAAAGCCAUCCAGCUCUCGGAUCAUUUCGUCUACAUUGGUGAGCAGACAGCCCGCUCCAUGCGCUUGCGAGCUCAGCUGAUCCUGGAACGGGCCUGUCUUCAUCAGAAAACCAAUUCUUUAUCACCUCGACUGAAGUGGAAAGCACAAUUAUCGAGAACAGGAUCGGUGACGCGCUCGUCUCGCGGAUCUUGCGAGCUCACAGCGAAGGCACAGCCUGGCGCGCCAUCAUCAUCAUUCCUCUUGUUCCUGGAUGUGAGUUGCUCUCUAGUAUGAUAGAGUCGAAAAAGAGGCAAAGUCACUGACUCUGUGUUCGAGGCACAGAUCCUUUCCCUGUCGACCAUUCGGAUGCUGGAUCGGUACGACUGAUCAUGGAAUGCCAAUACCGCUCAAUCUGCCGAGGCGAGCACUCGAUCUUUGCUCGUCUGCGCCGCGAGGGGAUCGAUCCGGACGAGUAUAUCACAUUCUUUGGCCUUCGAGGCUGGGGCAAGAUGAAUUCGGGGAUGCUGACCACCGAGGCGGUGAGUCACGUUCACCGGAACAUGACCUUUCUUUGGACAUACUAACAUGCUCAAGUGCGCAUCAUCCAGGUCUACAUUCAUGCCAAGGCUAUGAUCGUCGACGACCGAAUCGCCAUCAUUGGCUCGGCGAAUAUCAACGAGCGUUCUCAGCGAGGCGAUCGCGAUUCCGAGCUGGCAUGCAUCAUUCGAGACACCGACAUGAUCGAUAGCACGAUGGGAGGCAAGCCGUACAAGGUAGGCCGAUUCGCCCACACGAUGCGCGUGCGCCUCAUGCGCGAGCAUCUCGGUGUCGACGUCGACGAGUUGGGUGCGGGUGACGAGGACUUGCUCGAGCAGACGGAUGAAGAGACGAGUCGCCAAGAAGCCGACGAAGCGUGGGAUCCUGACAAUGAGCAAAAAAAGGGUGAUCAAGGCGGUCAACGCGCCGGGCACACGUUCCAUUGGGCGGAGAGCAUGGCCAAAACGAUGGACGAGAACACCGGCAGCGUCGUCUCCGGCGCGAAGGAAACCGUGUCGUUCGGGUUGCAGAAGGGCGCCGACAAGGUCGACCAGCACCUCAAGGGCGUAGUUGACAAGAUGGACGGAGCCAGUGAUGGCGCCGUGCAUCGCGAAGAGGAGACAAGUGCGGCGGACAGAAUCAUUCAGGGCGAGAAGGGCGGCAAAGGGUUCGCUUCGACGGUCGUUCCGACAUUGGAGGAGAAGGUAAUGGCCGAGGAGCGACCCACCGAUGAUCAAAAGACUAAAUCGGGGCUGCGCGAAGGCAAGCUGUCGGCCAACCAGCGAGAAAGGGCUGAAGGAGUGACGGUGAGCCCACCAGGGGCCAGCGGUGUGCACGAACAUCGAAACGAAUCCGACGACAAGGCGUCGAAGACCAAGCAAGCUUCGAAUGACGCCGAGAAGCACCUGGGCGAGAAGAUGACGAUGAGCAGUCCCGAGGCCGACGAUGUUCGCAAGUUCGAGCGUGAACCCGUUAUGGAAGGUGACGACGGCAAGUCGAACUCGACUACCAGCUCCAAGGAAGAGGGGACCGAGUUGCACCACAAGCGCUUGGAUCCAGUCGUACCCAAGACGGAGACCGUGGAUGGGAAAUCUCGAAUUCAGGACGAUGCUCCACCUCCGGAUAGCAAACCCAAGGAUGGCGCCAACGGUUCGUUAAGUGAUGAGUCGUCGAAGAACGGGUCAUCGUCCCCCUCCACCGCGAAAGCAUCAUCGUCCACGACCCCCUCCUCACCUUCGUCGAGUGCAAGCCCGAGUGCAAAGGCCAACGAAGCUGCGGCAAAUCGCACGACCAUUACCGGAACCUUGCGGCGCAACCUCAAGGAACGCGGCAACGUCUAUUCAAUCCCCGUCCCCGCUCCCAAAAUCGAUCCCUUCGGCUUUAGCGACCCCAUCGUCGACUCCUUCUUCAAGGAUGUCUGGCUUGCAGCAGCUGUGCGCAAUACGCAGGCGUAUCGUAAGGUGUUCCGAUGCGUCCCUGAUGACUUGGUGCAGACGUGGAAGCAAUACCGAGAGUUCCAGGUGAGUCUCAGAGUGACUUUGCAAACAUGUGCCCGUCCUGACGGCGCUCGAGGGACCCACAGAUCUGGGCAGAGCGUCACAACAAGGCUCCUAAGGAUGUUGUUCCUCCGGGUGACGAAGCGCCUCACACCGAUCCCGAUCAUCAUUCGGGGCAGCACGGCGCGGGUGGAGGCGGUUCCGGUGGAGGAGCCAUGGGUCAGGGUCAGAACGAUCCGCCUAAGGGGGAGACGAUGCAUAAGAUCAAUACUCGGGGCGAUCGUGCCGCGUCGACAGGGAACUCGGCGAUGAGUCCCACGGCUACGUCCAGCCCCGCGGAUAACGGCGGUCCAUCGGUCAAGAGGGAUCGGUCGGGUACGUUGGCUGGUGAGGGGCAUGACCAUGAAGAAGGGUUCCCAGGAUGGGAAAGGGAACAGAUGGAGAAGUGCUUGGAUCAACUGUCGGGUUGUUUGGGUGAGUCUGGAAUGAGUUCAAAGGCGUGCGCUUUGUUUGCGGAUGUUCACGGACUGAUCUCAAGUCGAUCCCUCUCCCAGUCGUAUUCCCAACUCGAUUCCUCGAGGCCGAAUCUGCUGGGGGCAACUUCUUGUAAGCGUCCGGUGGGUCUGCAUAACGGGGGGCGUGUGCUGAUGGCUUCUUUGUUGCACAAUUCGUCAACCUCGCAGGUUCAGCAAAGAUCGCCUGCCCCCCCUUUCUGUGAGUAGCUAUGCAUUGCGACUUUGUUUGGGCGACUGUGAGUGCAUAUGUACUAACGCCCUCCUCCGUUCUACCAUGUCACAGAUCUACGAUUAG